UCCCAGCAACUCCAGGCAGAUUAUUUUCUAACCCCAGGUCUGCGCUCCUGCGUCCUGGAGCAGCCCCGGGCGAUAGCAGCGCGGCGGUUGAUUUCACAGGUGGCGGCGAGGCGUUUGGAGCUGGCUCAGCAUGUGGUGCGGGAGCCCAGCCGCAGUGGUGGCCUUUUGCGCCGGGCUUUGGGUCUCUAACCCGGGGCGGGCGCAAGGCCAGGAGGCCGGGGGGCGGCUGGGCGCCGACUGUGAAGUGUGUCAAGAAUUCUUGAACCGAUUCUACAACUCCUUGAUAGCCAGAGGAGUCAACUUUUCUCUGGACACCAUAGAAAAAGAAUUGAUCAGCUUUUGCUUGGAUGUCAAAGGAAAAGAAAACCGCCUGUGCUACUAUCUAGGAGCAACAAAAGAUGCGGCCACAAAGAUCCUAAGUGAGGUCACUCGCCCAAUGAGUGUGCACAUGCCUGCAGUGAAGAUUUGCGAGAAGCUGAAGAAGAUGGACAGUCAGAUCUGUGAGCUGAAAUAUGAAAAAAAAUUGGAUUUGGCAUCAGUGGACCUGUCCAAGAUGAGAGUAGCAGAGCUGAAACAGAUACUGUACAGCUGGGGAGAAGAGUGCAGGGCCUGUGCGGAAAAAACCGACUAUGUGAAUCUCAUCAAAGAACUGGCACCCAAGUACACAGCGACGUACCCCAAAACAGAACUCUGACCCCCAGAAGCUGGUGCACCACUGAUUGUGAUUAGAGACAAAAUGCCUCUCUAGGAUACGGACGCGUUUGUUGAGAGGAACCAGGAAUUGCAGUGUGUGUGGUCUCAGACUUCUUGUUUUGAAAUUACACCUCAGAAUUGGUUACCUGGGUUUAUAAGUAGAACUGCUAGUAUUAGUGGUUUCUUAAAUCUGCAGUGUACCAAAACCUACGAGUGCCUUUCUCAUGAUUUUCUUGUAUGUGAGUUACCAUUGCCUAUCUCCUAAAACGGGGAAAAGUGAACCACUGAAAAAUCGGUGUAGGAAAUUGAUUCUAAGCAGGAAGAGAGUGCUCAGAGGUUCCUAUCUAUGCACUAAUUUUUUUUUUUUUUUUUUUUUUUUUUGCGGUACGCGGGCCUCUCACUGUUGUGGCCUUUCCCGUUGCGGAGCACAGGCUCCGGAAGUGCAGGCUCAGUGGCCAUGGCUCACGGGCCCAGCCACUCCAUGGCAUGUGGGAUCCUCCUGGACCGGGGCAUGAACCCGUGUCCCCUGCAUCGGCAGGCGGACUCUCAACCACUGCGCCACCAGGGAAACCCCUGUGCACUAAUUUUUAAUUAAAUAUGUUGGAUUAGAGAAAGACAAAUAUCAUAUGCUAUCACUUAUAUGUGGAACCUAAAAAAAGGGUACAAAUGAACUUAUCCACAAAACAGAAAUAGAGUCAAAGACAUAGAAAACAAACUUAUGGUUACCAGGGGGUAAGUGGGGGGAGGGAUAAAUUGGGAGAUUGGGAUUGACAUAAACACACUACUAUAUAUAAAAUAGAUAACUAAUAAGGACCUACUGUAUAGCACAGGGAACUCUACUUAGCCAUAAAAAGGAACGAAAUUACAUCACAGUACUCUGUAAUGACCUAUAUGGGAAAAGAAUCUAAAAAAAGAAUGGAUAUAUGUAUAUGUAUAACAGAUUCACUUUGCUGUACACCUGAAAGUAACACAACAUUGUAAAUCAACUGUACUCCAAUAAAAGAAAAUGUUGGAUUAUGACAAAAGAAAUGAUGUUUAGCUUAUCUAACUCCCAACUUCAACCCAAAUGAUAACCUGGCAUAAUCAAAAGUCUUUUAAAAAGUAAACUUUGUGUUUUUAACUGUAAAUCACUCUACCUUCUAGCUCUCUCUGGUAUCAGAAAUAGGAGGGCAGGAAGCACUACUUGAAAUUAGUGUUUCCCAGGUGAAGAAAACCUUUUUAAAACCUAUUUAAACCUACUUAGAAUAGAUCAAGAAUCCACUUGAGUACAGCCAACAUUUUAGGGAAUUGUAUCCACACUCACACUGUUAACUGAACCAAGCUCAAAGUCAUUUGCCCGUCUUCCUAUCACACAUUAGACAAGCUUUUGAUAGAGGAUUAAAGAAUAUGAAGAGCACCUGUGGACAACAUGGAGCUUUAUGGUUCUUAAUGCUAUUUUAUCAGCUUUAAAUUGUAAAAUCAUUUUUGGUUCCAUUUUCUGGCCACACAAGAAUAAGAACCCCACUGUAGACAUGACUGCCUCUCUGUGGCAGGUGGAGGUGGGGAAUGACUGCAGGGCGGCUGGAGGGGACGUUCUGGGGUGAUGGGAAUGUCCUGAAUCUUGAUUGGGGUGAUGGUUACAUGGGUGAAUAUGACUGUCCAGUUCAUCCAGCAGUACAAUUAAGAUAUGGGCAUUUUAUUGUAUGUAAAUUAUACCUAAAAUACUGCUGUAGAAAAAUUAUUUGAAAAUUAAGUAAAAUCAAUUGAUUCAAAACA